AUGGCAUCGUUCGACGCCAUCGCUGUGGCACACAAUGACAAAGAACGCGGGAAAUUCAUCCGCAAACUCAUCGACGAGCGGGAUGAAAUCGUGGCCUUUGUGGACCACCGUCUGGGUUGGGGCGGAGCUGGACAGUACAGCCAAUUUCUGAAGGGGUCGUUCAACAUCAGUUUCGUGAUCGAAAAUAAGGGCAAUGGGUACAAGGUCCUUAUCCGGUUCCCACUUCCCGGCCGUACAUACGAACAAUGGAGGGAAGAAAAGGUCAGGAACGAGGUGAUGGUCAUUGCCUACCUUCGCGAACACACGACUAUACCUCUCCCACGAGUGCUCGCCUGGGGCCUUGCUGGAGAAAGCCCAGAGCAGCUGGGGCCGUUUAUCAUCAUGGAAUUCAUCAAAGGCAUCGAUCUAGACGAAGUUCUAAAACAGCCGACAGAGAACGACCAGGAGGAGGUGAUUCUCAAUCCAGAUAUUGAUGAGGCGAGUCUCGACAUUGUCUACGACCAAAUCGCUGAGUAUAUGGUUCAGCUAUCUCGCCUUCGGUUCCCACGCAUUGGAGCCGUUUCUGACAACACUUCCUGGCACCAAACCAUCACCGGAAGACCACUUACAUUCGACAUGAACGAGCUGGUGACGAACACCGGAUAUCCUGCGGAUAAGUUUCCUUCCACGCCUUUUGACCGUACCCGUGAUUACUUCGAGGCACUCUCGGGUAUACACUUCACACAUCUUUGGUCUCAUAGGAACCUAGCCACGUCAGACGUUGACGCCCGAUGGCGGUUCCUCGCCCGCCACCGCUUUCGGCAACUUAUUCCAAAGUACUGCAACGAAGGCGAUUCAUUCAGGCUUUUUGGCGAUGACUUUCGUCCGGCGAAUAUACUAGUUGACCCGGUCACGUUCAAGAUCACUGCCGUAUUAGAUUUUGAGUUCACAAACGCCAUGCCGGCCCAGUUCACGUACGAUCCGCCCUGGUGGCUGUUGCUUCUGGCGCCGCAUAUCUGGCUUGAGCGUGACAAGAAGGAAGAGUUUCUACGCCGCUUCGUGCCCAGAAUGGAACAGUUUAUUCGAGCGGUGGAGCGAGCGGAGGCAAGGUCGUCAUCGACUGAAGAGCCAUUCCUCUCUACUCGGAUGCGAAAUUCGUGGAAGACUGGGCAAUUCUGGUUCGACUAUGCAGCGAGGAGAAGCAUGGAUGUCGAUGUCGUUUAUUGGCAUGUGCUGCACAGAAUGCAUGGAAAUGAAGGGAGUCUCGACAAGGAGACGCGCGAUGAGAUGGAAGAUGUUGUCCAGAUGAAGAUGAAGCAGUUUAAGGCUUACGAGGAAGAAGAGUUGAAAGGCGUCCAGGUUGCUUAA